GAGGGUUCCGGUAGCCGGUGCGCGGUCGCAGCUCGCGGCGGUGCCGGUUUAGCCGGGAUAAUCGGGUAGCCGGGAUAACCGGGACAUCCCGCGGCCCCUCAGCCGGUGCCGAUGCCGAGGAGCAGCUGACGGCGGCGGGGACGCGGAAAUGGAGCUGCGGCCGGGCCGGGCCGUGCGGGCGCUGUGCGGCCUCUUCCUCCUCAUCCUCCUCGUCCUGCAGCAUCCCGGCCGCGCCGAGCGGGCCCCCGGCUCCCAGCUGGACGACUCGGCCAUCGCAGAGUUCUGCCGCAUCGACAAGGCGCUGUGCCACGACGAGGACGAGCAGCUCAGCUUCGAGGCCGUGCGCAACAUCCACAAGCAGAUGGACGACGACGCCAACGGCAACGUGGACGUGGAGGAGAGCGACGAGUUCUUGAGGGAAGACUUGAAUUACCACGACCCAGCAGUCAAGCACAGCACUUUCCAUGGAGAAGACAAGCUCAUCAGCGUGGAAGAUCUCUGGAAGGCCUGGAAAACAUCCGAAGGUAAAAAAAGG